AUGAAACGCAGGAGCAGCAGGAGCAGUGAUGACGACACCAAGGACGCGCCACCCCACCCUGUGAUGGCGAGCCUGGUACGCUCGACGGCUGCGCGGCGGCGGCGCCAACACCUACACUUUGGCGUGAAGCAGGAGCCAACGACCACAGCAACGGCACGGACAGCAUCAAGGACAAUGUCAACAACCACCACGAGCACCACGAGCGCGAGCACCACAACCGCGAGCACCACAACCGCGAGCACCGUUCGUGGCACAGCGGCAAGUCGGAGACAGCACAAGGGCCGAGGUGCCUCGUCCAAGCCGUCGUCUCUGGCAUUGCUCAGCCCCGAAGAGCAGGCGGAGAUCGCAGAUGCUGCCGCAUCUCUCCUCGGGGACAAUGAUGACGACGACAACGAUGGUGAUGGUGAGGGUGAUGGCGAUGGUGAUGGCGAUGGGGAUGGUGAUGAUGGUAAGGCUGGUGGUGCGAACAAGAAUGGUGGUGAGGUCGUUGUCAUUGAUGAUGACGAUGAUGAUGACGACAGUGGCAGCGUCAACUGCAACGCAGACGGUACCAUCAUUGUCAAGGAUGAGGAGGAGGACGAAGCAAAGCAGUCAAUGAAGCGCCCGAAGAUUGAGGAGAGCCAGCAAAGCGGCGACAGCGCCCCUGGCGCCAACAGGGCUGGCCCAGGCGUGCUGCGCGUUGUGUCGUGGAACAUCAACGGCCUCACGGACCGGCCCAGCCGGCUGCCGCGCACAUACAUCCACAUGUGCGACGAGCUGCGGUCCGUCGAGCCAGACGUCGUCCUGCUGCAGGAGGUGGAGCCCACCUACUACGAUCACCUCCUGCUGGUUAUGCAGUCGCUCGGGUUUAUCGCCUGUCACGACCAGCCGCGCAUGGCUGCCGCCGCCAACCCCAUGCUCGCCUUCAUGUUUGCUGCCGCUGGAGGCGGCGUCGGCAUGUACGAUAUGGACACAAACCCGACACGCGCGCCACCCUACUUCACCAUGUCGUUUAUCCGGCGCGGGCGGCUGUCGCUCAUGUCCCACCGCCGCACGCCCUUCCACAACACGAACAUGAUGCGUGACCUCAACACCUUGGACGUGCGCUGCGACAGAACGAUGCGGCGCCUAUGGAUCGGCAACGUCCACCUCGAGAGCUGCAAGGAGUACUCCCAGCAGCGCUGCCAGCAGUUUACGGAGUGCCUGCAGGCCCUUGACCGCCACGCUGUUGGCAUCGUCAUUGGCGACACCAACCUGCGCGAUCCCGAGGCAAGGCGCACCCUCGACGCGUACCUCACGUCGCACCCGCAGUCUGGGAUUGACGACGCCUGGCUGAUGGCGGGCAGUCCACCAGCAGCCCGUUGGACGUGGGACACGCGCGUCAACGACACGCUCGACACAAGCAGGUGGCAGUCGCGUCCGCACGCGCGGUACGACCGCUGCUUUGUCAAGGGCCUGAAGACGCUGGAGUUUCAACUCCUGGGCACGCAGCGCAAGCCCAAUGGCUUCAUCAGCGACCACUUUGGUGUCUGCAUCGACUUUGAGUGGCCCCCAGCACAACGGUGA